AAAUCCUGUUUAACACACCAGACACGAUUCCACUUCCCUCACUUUUUUUUUUUACUCUCUCUAUCCCAAAAACCCUUUUUUCCCAAAUUUCUCAGGUUUAUUCAUAUUUGACUCUCGAAUUAGGGCAACUUCAUUUCUCUGCUGCUCCAAAAUCAAGGUGCUUUAAUGUCGCAAAAAGUUAGUGAAGAAAUCGACUUGAACUGUGAUGCUGUUUCGGUUGACCGUGAAAACGGGGAUAAUGAUGUAAAUAUUAGGGAUUCUGGAACUUGUUUGAAAGAAAGUGUAAAUAAGGCAGGGGAAGAAAGCAAAAUUGAGAGUGUAAAAGAUGAAGAGGUGAAUUUGGAAGCUGAUAUUGGGUCUUUAGGUGAAGAGGUGGCUUUCGGCUCGGGUGAGGUUUCGAAGAUGGAGGUUGAUGGAGAGUUGAAAGGAAAUGGAGAUGGUGAGUGUGUCUCUGUGGAAGAUAAGAAACCAGUGGUGGCUGAAGAAAUGGCUGUGAAAUCUUCUAGUGAGGUAGCUGAAGACCUUAAUGUUGGAAUGUGUCGUAGUGGGGAUCCGUUGCUAGAGGGAACUAGUGUUCGGUCUAUCUCAAUUGUUGACUAUGCUACUCAUUCUGGUGACGAGAGGCUGAAUUCUCGAGAUUUAAGUCAUGAAAACUCUUUACCUUGCGGGGACCAGAAAGAGAGUUUGAACGAUCGAUCUUCUUGUGGAUUAGAAAGCCGGGAUAUGGAAAUUGAUGCACACGAUGAUACCAAAAAGAAACGAAAUGCUGAAAAUAGGUCUAGUGUGUUAAAUGAUGGGGUAGACUCGAAUCAAUGUACAAGCACGGAUGAGGAUGAGGAUGAGGAUGAGGAUGAGGAUGAGGAUGAGGAUGAGGAUGAGGAUGAAGAUGUAAAACCAGAAGAACCUGAAUUUUGUGUCUCGGAUUUAGUGUGGGGUAAAGUAAGGAGUCACCCUUGGUGGCCAGGACAAAUAUUUGAUUAUUCAGAUGCCUCAUCGAAGGCAAAGAAGUAUUUUAAAAAGGGCUGUUAUUUGAUUGCGUAUUAUGGUGAUCAGACAUUUGCUUGGAAUGAAGAGUCACGGAUCAAGCCGUUUAGGCCUCAUUUCUCGCGUAUGGAAAAGCAGAACAAUAUGGAAGAGUUUCACAAUGCUGUGGAUUGUGCCUUGGAUGAGGUUUCUAGACGGGUAGAGUUUGGUCUGGCCUGUUCCUGCAUUUCCAAGGAAGCAUAUGCUGAGGUCAAAACUGAGAUAAUUGUUAACGCUGGGAUCCUGGAAGAAUCUAGUAGAAGAGUCGGUGGGGAUCGAUUCUCAACCGCUGCUUCUUUUGACCCUUCUGAACUUGUUGAGACUAUGAAAGCGUUGGCCCUAUCACCUUUGUACAGUGAGGUUGAUAGACUGCAAUUCACAACAUCACAGGCACAAUUAUUGGCAUUCCAUCGUUGGAAAGGUUAUUCCCAGCUACCUGAGUUUCUAAAUGUUGGUGGCUUGUUAGAGACUGAUGCAGAAAUCCUUUUGUUUGAGGAAGUGGAAACUGAAGUUCCUAGUUCCAAGGUUGAAAAAGAGAAGCCCGAGAAUCAAGAUAAAAUCCCUGCAGGUUCGUGCAAAAAGGAGAAAAGCUUGUCGGAGUUUUUAGCUGAAAGACGGUUGAGUUUGCAGAAAGUUAAAAGGAAAUUGAAUAACAAUGCUGGUGACAAGUUAACUUCUUCCCCUGCGAAAAAACUAAAGGCCGUUGACACUCUGCAUGAUGACUCAGCAUCGAAACUGAAGAAAAGUUAUGUGUCACCAGGGUCUGGUGAUAAGUCUUUGCAGUCUAAGCAAACUUUCAGGGUUGGAGCUAGCAUACUUAGGGUUGCAAGUCUACUCAAUGGUUCAACGGUUUCAUCUCCACUAUUUAAGCAUUGCGAUGGGAAAUCUCAAAAAUCUGCAGUUAACAACAAAAAGAAAGGAAAAUCUAUGUCUGGCAAGUCUCCUGGGAAGGUUUCUCGGACAGAUGCUUCAUCACCUACUGGGAUUCACUCACAGCUUUGCUCGGCUGCCACAGAUCCCUUGAAAGAUCAAGGAACGGAUGAUAUAACGAGGGAGAAAUCAACCGGUUCCAAAGUUACUGGAAGGUCUGAGCUGGCCUCAAUUAAAGACUCUUCUUGUUCUGACAGGAAAAUCCGAUGCCUUCCCGAAGAGCAAUCACCGGUUGACAAGGACAAUGAAACCUCCGAGGUUUCUCCAAACACACAACCAACUGUUCAAGCAAGUGUCAAUACGGAUUCUGAACCGAAACAUACAGUGGAAGGUGAAAUUCUUGGAACAGAAACAGAGAAGCAGCAGAUAGCAGACUCAGAUGAAAGUUUUACGAAGGAUCAAACUCCAACUGCACUGAUUCUGAACUUUUCAGACAUCGAUUCAGUUCCUUCGGUAGAAGACCUUAAUAAGACCUUUAGCCAUUACGGGCCAUUGGUUUCACCAGGUGCUGAAGUGUUCAAAAAGAGCACCCGAGCCAAAGUGGUUUUCAAAAGACGAGCAGACGCAGAAACGGCCUUCAGCAGUUCCGGAAAGUACAGCAUUUUUGGUCCCUCACUUGUUAGUUACCGCCUCAAACGACUAGCUGUUACACCAAUUAAAGCUUCUACCGGUUCAACAAAACGAUUCAGGGUGGGUGAAGCACGUGAAGAUGAAAAUACUACUUGAUGAUGGCUUAUAGUAUGGUGAAAGUUGAUGUAGAAAAGAAAGGUCCCAUUCAUAGCUCAAGGUAUGAACUUCUAAAAUGCCUUUCUUUAUGAAAAUUAUAUUAUUAUAUACAAUUAUCUUGGUAGGUUGUAUUAGUUGAAAAUGUUGGUAGUAUCAAAACACUUGAUUUAGCUAUCAAAUUCUUAGUGGCAAGCGGGUUAAUUUACUUA